UGUGUGUGUGUGUGUGUGUGUGUGUGUGUGUGUGUUUGCGUGUGUGUCCAGAAAAAAACUAAACUGACAUAUUGAGGAAGUUGCUUAGAAACAGGAAACCAAGAACUGCAAUUUAUGAAACAGGAGAAUUUGAGUAACGGGGGGUAGAAACACACGGAACAAACACCUCGAAGAAAACUAUAAACGUCUUCAUUUAAAACCAUCAUCACAUCAUGGAAGCUCAAAGAUUUUUCCAUCUUCUCCUCAUAUUGACUUGGAUAUUUGUCUUCUCUUCUGUUUGCUCAGGAAUGCAUGCACCAAAAUUGUCCCUGGAGUCCACUGUGUUCGUGGCCGUUGAGGGUGAAAACCUCACGAUUGACUGUAACAUCUCCAAACCACCAAACAAACCUAAAGACACGAUGAAAUGCUUCGAUCCUCUUCAGAACCAGAUAUUCGUCUGUGACCUCAAUGCGACGUCUGACAACAUUACAAUGUUUAAACUCAAACUGCAGCUGAAGAUGAACAGGUCCGGAGAAUACCACUGCGUCUAUCAAAGUGCCAUAGUGUACUGGUUUCUCAGAGUGAGAGCUAAUGGCUACGAGAGGCCCCCGAUGUUGAGUUACACAGAAGUCUGUGUGGCCGUCUUCACUGGUGUGCUGCUGGUUUUCAGCGUGGUCGGCUCCAUCUAUGUCUUCAGAGGACAUUGGAAAGAGCCGAUUACUAAAAGUGACAAAACCAGCGGGAAGCAAAGGCAGAACAGAGGAGAAACGGAGACGAGAGAGACGGAGGAAGACGUAGAUAAAAAAACAGCUCCACCUACAUAUGCUAGUCUGCAGGCUCGGCCCAGGUCCAUUUAUGAUGUGCUCGACCUCUCAGCUGCCAACCAGGAGCCCGAUCAAAGGGAAACUAAACCCAACAAGAACAAACACACAGAAAAAACGGAGCAAACCACACAACCCCAGGCUGACGGCGUAUUCGAGUCUGUCUAUGAGAACUUUUGAUUCAUGAAUAAACUUGAGUGAGAGAUUUUGAGAGAGCAAAACUAUUUAGAUUAUUUUAAAGUACAAGUAAAAAACAAAUUUGAGUAAAUAUUCUGUUUCAUGUAUGUUUAAAGUGAAGACACAAAAGUGUUGUCACUAUGCUUGCAAAAUGGCCUCUAUCAGUGAUACAUUACAAUGUUAUUCUGUUGAAUUGAUUAUUAUUAUUAUUAUUAUAAGAAGCUUUUAAAUAUUGCAGCUUGUUGCAGUUGAGCUAUUUCGACCUAUUGUAUUUACGUUUCGGGGUUUAAUUAAUAGAUAGAUUUUCUUCAUUUCAUAAUUUUGUCCAGGUCAGUAUCUUACAGAAAUAAAGAAAACACCACAAUACAAAAACCGAUUCGAAAGAGACCUAUUGAGAUCUGGAUUCUAAAAUGUAAUAUAUGACAAUACAUUAGAGCUUUUUAAAACCUGAGUCCAUAAAAGAAACCAGUAAAUAUAGCGUUUAAAUACAUUUACUGGAAUAAAAUAAAAUAAUGUAGUAUUUUUCUCUGCAAUUUGGGCUGUAAGUGUAAAGUUAUAUAUGUAUCAUUGACUAAAUAAAUGUCUCCAUGUCUUA